AUGCUACCAAUCAUGAAAGGCAAACUAAUGUUCUUCGAUGAAGUAGCCUGGGACAAAAGCGACGAGCAACUAGCAACAUGGGAAGCAAUCCUUCUCAACCAAGAAACCAUGCAGAAGAUAACCACAUUAAUCAAAAUCCACCGUCAAGGCGUAGCAGACCAACUCUUCCCACCAACAAAAGGCUCCUUCAACAUGGUGAUCCGCCUACGAUUCCUCGACGGCGCCUCGGCCAUAAUUCGCUUCCCAAUCCCAGGCUACUCAAUCUUCCCAGACGAGAAACUCCACCGAGAAGUAAGCGUGAUGCACUUUCUCGAGCGACACACAGGCAUCCGUAUCCCGCACGUCCUACACCACGGCACCAGCGACGAAAGCCCACACGGCCUAGGCCCGUUCAUUAUCAUGGAGUAUAUCGACCAUAACGCAGAUCUGGUGGAUGCGCUGAACACACCCGGGAUACCGGAUGAAGAACGACCCGUUCUCGAUCCCAAUAUCGACGAUAACAGGCUGCGCUCGGUGUAUAAUCAGAUGGCGGGCUUGUUGCUGCAGGUUGCGAAGCACUCGUUCCCGCGGAUUGGAUGUAUAUCUAAUGCCGCGGAAGACGAGUUUGAGGAUGAGUGGGUGGUUGCGCACCGGCCGUUGAGUAUCGACAUGAAUGAGCUGGUGCAGGUUGGUGGUGUACGGGCUGGGGAUCUGCCGGGGAUAACCGAGACGUUUGCGACUGCAGCGGAGUAUUUACUUGCCCUUGCGGAGCUGCAUAUGACGCAUCUUUCAUCCCAACGGAAUGACGCUAUUGAUGAUGCGGAAGACUGCAGGACGAAGUACAUUGCGCGGUGUUUGUUCCGGAAGCUUGCGAGGGAGGGCCGUCUUUGUUGCGCCGGGGAGGAAGGGGUGUUUAAGUUAUUCUGUGAUGAUCUACGACCGGCGAAUGUGCUUGCUAACUCGGACUUUGGGUAUAAGAUAUCCGGGGCUAUUGAUUGGGAAUUUGCUUAUGCUGCGCCGUUGGAGUUUGUGUAUAGCCCGCCAUGCUGGCUACUGCUUGAGCGGCCAGAGUACUGGGAUAAUGGGCUUGAUGACUGGGAGCGGGUGUAUGAGAGCCGGUUGGAGGUUUUCUUGCAGGAGCUACAUAUGCGAGAGGAUGUUGACAUUCGGCGUGGGGUUAUGAGUGAGGAAAAUCGGCUUUCUAGACAUAUGCGUGAGAGCUGGAAUAGUGGGGGGUUCUGGGUUAGUUAUGCGGCGAGAAGGAGUUGGGCUUUUGAUGUUAUCUACUGGGCGAGGAUUGAUCGCAGGUUCUUUGGAGAAGGUACUUUAGGAGAUCGGAUUGGAUUGUUGACUGUUGAGGAAAGGAAUUCGAUGGAGGAUUUUGUACAGAGGAAGUUGGCUGAGAAGGAGGAGGGAGGUUUGAUAUGA